AACAUUAACAAAGUACAACUCAACCAGAAAAGAUCUCAGCUACUUUUCUCUCGCACAUUUAACAAACCUUUAAAAAACUUUCAGUUUUGAAGUUAUAAAAUUUACAAGUUGUUCCAGACUUAUAAAUUAUUCGAAAUUUACAAAUCGUUCAAAGUUUACAAGUUGUUUCAAAUUUACUCUUUUCCAAAACAAACAUGUACGAUCCAGACUCUUACGACAACUACAGCCAGUUCCAACGCCACGACGCCAAAGAACUUGUUCCCUACCUUGUAGCCAGCAUGACGCCGAAAUUGGGAGAAACAGUGCUCGACUUUGGUUGCGGGACUGGGUUCAACACCAAGAACAUAAUACUGCCGGCACUGUCAGAGAUUGGAUCUACGACUUCGACCCAAGUCUACGCAGUUGACCUGUCCCACAAAAUGAUUGAGUUUGCUUCCGUGAGGUACGAACAUCCCCACGUGACCUACAUGGUGGCCGACGUGAUGAAGGAUGACUGCGAGUUUCCCUGCAAAUUCGACAAGAUUUUUUCUCUACACGUUCUCCACUGGAUUUCAGAUCAGAGGAAGGCACUCAAAAGUUUGUGGAACCUGUUAAAAAUAAAUGGUGAAAUUGCUUUCUACUACAUCUCCAAUGCUGCCGUGUUCAAUGUGUACGAAAAAAUGAGCCAAAUCUCGACAUGGCAGUCUUUCAUGACUGAUGUCAAGAACUUCAUUCCAAAAUCGUACUUCAGCAUUGACCCGGCCACUGACAUGCAGAUUUUGAUGUCGUCGGUCGGUUUUCAUCCACAAGAAGCUCUCAACUGCAGACGAAAGUUUUGCUUUGACAGUUUCGGCGAAAUGAUUGACUCUGCCAUGGCUGCCAAUCCAUUCAUUCACCGGAUCCCGGAAGAGCUACAAGAAGAAUACAAAGCUGACUUUUGUCGUUGUUUCAUGCCUCUCGUACGACUAACCCCAACAAUUGCCAAACCCAACGCCAUCGAAGUCGAGUACAGCAUUGUUAUGAUGAGAGCCAUCAAAUUAUAAAAUUCACUUCCGACAGUUGCUUCUGUGUUCCUUCUAAAAAUUAUGAGUGAUUGUGAUUAAGCUUCUUUUUUUUGCGAGGGAGUGAAUGACGCUGAUAAUAAAUGCCAUGGUCUGUAAUAUUCGGUUUUCUAGUACAUCAUUUAGUAGUCUAAUUUAUUUCUGAAUGGAUUGUAGUUACAGCACAGCUGAAUGUCAAAUUAACUUAUUAAACGGAAAUAUGUGAAAAUUUUAUGAUACGAAAAUUAAAUCCAUUUCAUAUGAGCAGUCUACAAGCACGGGAGAGUAAAGCACAUUUCCUGAACAUCGGGAUUGGGACUUCAGUCAGAUUAAACAUUAUCACAAGCGGUACAAAAAGUUGCAUAGUAUUGGAAACUCGGUAUACAACAGUUAAUUAAAUAUCGUUCAGCCAGCAGAAAUUCAUAUGUGUGUGUAUGUAUAUAAGUGCUUGUCACUUAUA